AUGUCUAAGGCCACAAGGACUCGGUCUCUGACGCCACCGACCGAAGUCCAGCGGCUGACGGACCCCAGAACGUCGACUUACAAGCAAACGGCUCUGCGACGCUACAAUUCCGCAGAAAAGCUUGGCAGCAGACCUCGUAGUGUCAGUUCUCGAUCUUCAGAUUCGCCGCCGACCACUUUCCGACUCGGUUUCUGCUGCCCCUCACAGGCCGAGCUUGCACUGAAUCCCAAACCAAAGGAGGAGAAGCCUGCGAUGUUAUCCAACUUCUUCCAUCCGACCAAAGAUAUCGUACAUCGAAAUCGAGAGCCAUCCAACGCAACCAGAGGAGACUUCGAGGACACACCUCUUCCUAGCGCUCGACCUUCUAUGAUGGACAUAUCCCUGAAGAAAACCGAAAAGGACGUCGCUUCAAGCUUUUCUUCGGCGAAAAGUUGUAAAUUUCGACAUGCACUCCUCAAGACCGCUUCCGGGCGCCCCUUGUUGGUUGACGAAGAUUUACCCGUGCCCCCGGUCCUUAGUCGACAAGUCAGCGAAAGCCAAUUGCAGAACCCACGAGAAGACAUAAAAAGCUUUGAGAACAAGGCAAAGAUUGCCAUUCCAUCGAGAAAGUACUCGCCUUCCCAGUUGCAAGACAAUCCUGUACCUACAGUCAGUCAACGUCUCAUGGAGACCACGACCAACGUCGACCCUUACUUUCCCCGGGAAACCAUCUGCGUUGACCCUCUGAUCCAUCCGGAUGAGUCACAUACUAAGGUUCACCACCGUGGUAUUCUCAAAGGUGCUGACUUCUGCGACACCGGUGUUCCUGGGCAACCUGUUCCACAGCAACUUGAGAACAGGACUUCUAGCUCUUUUUCUUCUUCUUCGUCAUCUCCCUCUUCGGAGGCUGAAAUUGUUCUUGCCAAGGUGCGCAGAGCUAUGACUGGAGAUGAUCUUUGUCUCUCUACAGUCAAAGUCACCGUCCCAAAGCACGAUGGACACAGUCAUGCCAUGAAAGUUCGGCCAGCGUUCAAUUUACCAACAUUUGAGUACCCCAAUAUAGGUCGCCAACAGCAAUCUCCUCCUGGAGUCUCCAAGGUCCGGCCGUUUGACCCAGCCAAGGAACAUUUGUUGCCCGAAGGGGAUAUCAAUGGACCGACAGAAAUCGAAAUCAAAGAGAGCAAGGACAAGCUAACCAAUAUCCCGGUCUCCAAAGUCCGACCCUUUGCCCAGGAACCCCCUGAGCUGAAUCAUCAUGCUGGACAUCAAAGAGUGUCAAAAGUUCGACCCUUCAGUGACGAAUCUGAUAACGGCAACCAAAAAGACGAGGAUGCCUAUUUUGCUGUCGGAUCAGAUGAGUCGGCAACCGAGGGGCCCGGCAGAGUCACUAAGCCACGUUUGGAGAGUACAACUCGCUCCCGAGCAAGCACUAUAGACUACAAGCGAACUGCUCAGUGGCUCCGGCAUCUACUGAAGAAUCCCGAAUCUCAUACGGCCAAGUUGACGGAAAGACCAUCCAAGGCAAAAAGAGCGUUCUAUGCUUCUUUGAAGAACUCUCAGGAACAAAGUCCAGUGUCGCGGAAGAUGACCCGUCAACCGACGCUUCCAACUACCGAAGUUGAGCAGAAUUUCUUCCAAAGCACUUUCGGGGAGCUAGAACGUCUCCUUCAAGAAGCUUUGGCACUGGCUUCUCGGGUUGCUGACGACGAAGAGGCAAAAUCUCCAGAGGCUAUACAAUCUCCGCAUGCUGUCUCAAAGGAAGCGGCACCCUAUGAUUACGCCUCUCAGUUCUCUGACAUCGACUUGGAUGAUGACGGUAAAGCAAAAGGACCACGAAACAAACGCGUUGCUACGUUUCCACAUUCCGGGCGGCCUGAAAUCCGUGCAGUAGACAAUCUCUACCGUACUAUCUCUCUCACUCCGCAGACCGCAGAGCUCGAGAGCAUGCUUGGUCGUAAGAAGAGUUCAGUUGUCAAGAAAACCAAACGUAGACGCAAAUCGCGAUCCCGGCAAGCUGGACCUGUGCCAGACAGAGUUUCGAGCAGGAAGAGAAGCAAGAGCGUAAAGAAAUCGAAGCGCACAAAGCCGAAGCAGAUUGUCGAGCAACUCCCGACAGAUUCAGAGUCUAGCAUGGACGGAUCCAAUGACUCCUCUGCAGUCAACUUCCCGACUCGAAAUCAAGCUCAAGGAAGCAGCGAGCCAACUCGACCUCGAGCAAGCACGAAACGGGUACCCUUCUUAUCCCGCAACACAGGCGAGGACAAUCUUCCUCAGGAGGACUUGGGCGGCCGUCCGAUCCGCAAUCCACGAGGGAUCAGCCUACGAGGCAAGUCUCAUGUCAGUCUCCGUGGUGUACAGGCAUUCAGUCUAGCCAAGUCGAAACGACGUCAACCCAUUGCUCGGGACUGGUCACCAGUCCGAAAGAGAGCCAUCGCGGCUGUGGCUUGCAUCAGUACGGCCCUGAUCGGUAUGAUUGUCGGUAUCUAUGCCGGCCUAGUACCCUCACUGCAAUACUACAUCCUAGACACAAGCCACUCGAUCAUCAACGGCAAUGUGGGCUGCUUUCUUGGGAUGGCAAUUCCCACAUUCUUUUGCUGGCCACUUCCUCUGGUUCAUGGGCGCAAGCCAUACAUCACGACUGGGCUGAUUCUAUCCAUGCCACUUCUUUUCCCUCAGGCUUUGGCUGUCAGCGCUCAAAGAUUUUACAGCCUCACUGGAUAG